CCCAACGAUUUCGCCAACUAAGCGGCCGCAAUGGCCAUGGAGCGGGAGAGGCGACGUGGCUGUGUGCUGCUGGUUCUCGCCUUGCUACCUUGCGUUCAGCACCGCACGUGGCUGAGCACGCGGAGUUCCGUUCGAAGCAGCUCCGUGCUUUGCAGAGCCCAAGCGGAUGCCACCUUAGAGGUGGAGUGCUUGGAAGACCCGGCGGCCAUCCAAUGGACCAAAGACCAGGGCGCAGCCAGCUGGCUGGAACUCUUAGAGGAUUCAGAUGCUGUCAUCGAGGCGGCCGAGCCUUCCUCGGAGCCACGCCUGCGGCGCCUCCUGCAGCAGCGCGCCAGCGCGGAGGGCGCUCUGCCGGCGUCGCUGGCGGUGCGGCACAGCCCGGCGCUGCGCAGGGCGGUACGUAUCUUGAGAGAUCUUCACAGGGACGAAGGUGGUCGUCCGUUGAAUGAUCUCAUUGAUGUUGCACUGGAUCAGAUGGCCAAAGGCCAGUUGGAUUGGUCUCAGAUCUGCAGCGUGGCACCUCGUUUGGCCGCGCAUGCAGAAGAGGCGCAGGAGGCGAUCAAGUUGCUGACGUUAGGCAACAACAUGGCCGAGGAUGUGAUUCUCAGUGGAGGCAAUGGACUCUGCAUUGAAGGCCGUUGGAACGAUGCGUCGAUCACGGGGCGCCUGGAGCGCACCAAAGAGGAGGGAUGGGGACAGUGGGCCUCCUUCUUCUUGGCCGAGGGACCUGAAGAACUCUUGGGGCACCGAAUGGUGGCAUGCAAGAGAACCAGUGGCGGAAACGUGUUCAACCCCAAAACAGGCGAGCCGUCCUUCAAAAGUGGAGACCAGCUCUACCUUGCGAUGCCUGAUCGGGCAGCCGUGCUGGAACUGGCCACCUACGAUCAGUUGCCGGAGUUUGCGGUGGAAUUGGCACGGCUCCUGCAGGAGGGAGUCGAUGAGAAAGGCAUCGUGGGGCCACCGGAGAUGGUGCAAGCGGCGAAGUUUCUGAACAGCAUCAAGGACCUCAACGAAGCUGAGGAGGCUGAACGUCGCUUGUAUCGUUUCGAGAAGUCGCCCCUGUCGCGACGCCUCUACGACGAGUUGCAGUCGGAUCCCGUGUGGGCCGAGUUCUGGACGGCGAUUACUCCCAGGAUUCCGGAGAUUUACAAGGCCUUCCGUCAAGCCAUGCUUCGCAGUCGGCCGGCGCAAAGGAUGGAGCCCAGGCGCGUGUCUGUGCUGCGCAUCAAUGUCUUGGGAGUGUUGGGUCUUCUGGCCAUCGUUGGCGCCGUCGCUUGGGCUGCCUGGCAAUUCUUCCAUCCAUCAGUGACGGAGGAGGCACAAAAUUUGCCCCUCUACAGCCUGAGAGGUGAAGCCAAAUGAGGACACGUGCUGCCGUGAAGUGUUGG